UGGCACGUCUCGUUUUGUGUACACAGUUUACAUGCUUGUUGUGGUAAAGUGCUUGAUCGUGUAAAGAAAUGCUUCGCUAUAUUUACAAACUUAAAACUGCAGAAUAGCCCGUUUUUCUUUUUUUGGUUUUGUUUUUCAAACUUACUUGCGGGCGGAAACUAAGGCGCCCGUCCAGGUGCGCGCUGCCCUAGAGAGGCGGGGCUACGGCAGGUAAAAACAUAUAACCUGGGGGGAGAAACGAGCUUCUGCUCAUUUCAUCGGCAUAAAUUUCAGGAAAAAGACGAGAACGUUAAGUAUAAUAAGGAAUGCGGGUUUCAUGAAGUCUGAAUUUUCGUGAAAGUUUUAAUACGAGUUUAAUUGUGGGAUAUUUUUCCGUCGAAUCGAAUUCACAUUCUUCAUCAUUAGAACACACACACACGACACGACACGGUCCACUCGAUUCACUCGAUUUCCUGCCGAACUCUCUGGGCCGCACGAUGUCCGAACAAAGUAGAAGCAGGGGCAGCUCGGCGCAGAGUGCAUCCUCGGCGGGCCCGUACACUCCAAGGAUCCCCAAGUUCUGGUUCCCUCCGUUUAGCGGGGACUUGACGCACUUACGGCGGGACGACGGGCUCUUCGUGGACGAGACCUUUCCCAUGGAGAAGGUCCCCAAGGCCAAUGUUGUGUGGAAGCGGCCAAAGGAGAUCUGUCAUUUUCCACAGUUCAUUGUGGAUGGAGCCACACGCAUGGAUGUUUGCCAGGGAGAACUGAAUGACUGUUGGUUUUUGUCGGCGGUGGCCUCCCUUUCCUUGUACGAAUCCCUCAUGGAACGUGUGGUACCCCAUGGACAGAGCUUUCAGGAGGGCUACACUGGGUGCUUUGUCUUCCAGUUCUGGCAGUAUGGGGAAUGGCAGAAGGUGAAGAUUGAUGAUUUCCUGCCAACAAUUGACGGUCAGCUGGUUUAUUUGAAAUCAUCUGUGAAAGAGGAGUUUUGGAGUUCUCUUCUGGAGAAGGCCUAUGCUAAACUUAAGGGGGGCUACCAGGCCUUGAAUAUGGGCUUCCCCCAUGAAGCAAUGGUGGACAUGACAGGAGGUGUGACAGAGAUGUUCAGUUUUACAGACCUGCCUCGGGAUGCGGGGCAUUUCUUAAGGAACUUACUAAAGAAAGGAGCACUGAUCAACUGUGCCAACGUGCAGGGUCCGGUGGGGAAGAGGAACAAGUUUGGAAUCCUGUUCAAGCAUGCCUACUCUGUAACCAAGUUUGAGAGGUUCAGGACAGUCAGUGGUGAAGUGGUUGAACUUGUUAGAGUGCACAACCCUUGGGGAAAAGCAGAGUGGGAGGGACCCUGGAGCGACAUUAACGGACCAGAAUGGAACCAAGUCAGUGCAGAGCAGCAGCAGCGAGUCGGAAGAGUACGGCAGGAAGAUGGGGAGUUCUGGAUGGCGCUGACGGACUUCUGCCGGAACUUUGAUCAGAUGGAGGUGUGUCACCUUACAGAGAGUGGAAUGGGGGCUGUGAAGCCAUGGGAGUGUGCUUUGCAUCAUGGGAGCUGGGUGUACAACUUUACAGCUGGCGGUCCUCCAGGGGGAGCCAAAUACUGGCAGAACCCACAGUUCCAUUUGACCCUCCUUGAAGAGGAUGAUGACCCAAGUGACCCAGAACAAACGUGCACCUUCCUGGUGGCGGUGAUGCAAAAGCACCAGAGACUCAGUGGGAUACAGCUUGCCAUCAAUGUGCACGUAUACCAGGCACGCCCAGACCAGCACUACCUAACCUAUCUUGACUUGAAUUUGCGCCGACCCUUGAUCAGUCUUGACUACUACAGCCCAUACAGGGAGGUGGUAAUUCGUGGUCGCCUGCCACCUGGGCAUUACAUCAUUAUUCCCUCAACAUUCGAAGCCAACCAAGAGGGAGAGUUCAUUCUUCGUGUCCUGACUGAAAAGGGCAACAUAUCAAUGUUUUCUCAGAAGCCCAACACGGAUGAUAAUGCCCCCACACAGGAGAUCUUACCUGUCAAGGCAGUCCUUCCUUCUGCUGCAGCCACUCUGCAGCUCUUUCAAAAGCAUUGUAAGAAAGGGCGGUGUCGACCUGUAGACCUGCUUAACCUGCUGAGAGAAGCCAUUCGUGGAGGAGCACUUGCUGGGAGUGAAAAACGAUUGUGUCUGGAGCAGUGCAAGAGUUUUGUGGUGUUAAUGGAUAGUAAAGGAUUAGGACAUUUGGACUGGACACAAUUUCAGGCAUUAUGGGAACUGUUCAGAAAGUGGACGGAUAUCUUUGUUCAAUUUGACAAGAACAAAUCGUGGUCACUGGACUACACAGAGAUAUUACCAGCCCUGAAAGUUGCAGGGCUGCAAGUUGAUGAGUUUCUGAUUCAGCUGAUUGGCCAGCGUUACACAGAACCUGACAUGACUGUCAGCUACCCAGGAUUUUUGUACCUACUCCUCAAACUGAACAGCAUGAUCCAAAAAUUUUAUGCCUAUGAUGCAAUGCAAAUGGGAAAUGUUUCUCUUAACUAUAGGCAGUGGCUUCACUUGACAAUGUACAACUGAGAUGUGAGACUAUUGCCUGCACAAAUCCAGUGGAGUCCAGAUUUAGAUCCCCCCCCCCCCCCGGCUUUUUAAAUGGACUUAUCACCAUCACUAACACAUUCGCUGUCCUCUGUGAUUAUUGUUGCAGUCAAAGCUUUUAUCUAAAAUGGCUUUUAUCUUAGUUUUAUGCCUCACCUGUUUAUGGAACUUUGCAUUCUUUUUCAAAAAUUUUCCGAACAAGAAAGGCCCUUCCCGAAAGCUGAACGCACCACCUUGUCCAUAUCCAUAAGUUUACCUACAAUACUGCACACUUAAGUAUGGGAACUUCUGUUAGCUAUACAAUAUUUUCUUCAUGAAUUUCUGUAUUGAGUGAAAUGUCCUUAUAUUUCAUUUAUUAUGGAGGUACUGACUUUCUUAACUGCUAAGGCAAGUCUGAAAGUAAUGGAUCAGACCAUGCAUGCCAGAUGUGUUCAUGUGUGGUCAGUUUAGCAGUAAGCUGUUAAAACAAGCCAGGGUAUUCUGACUGGCACUGCUCCAGUCCUCUACUUCAGGAUAGCAACAAACAAACAUUGUGCUUUAGGGUUAAGGAUGAACAACAAAUGUGUGAAAACAAGAGAUGAGGUGCAAAAGUGGUCCCAGCUGUCAGUCUCAAUAGAAGUAACCAAAUAUCAUUAAUUUCUCAUCCUUUUAAGAUGUUUUAUUUUAGUACUACAGUGUUUGUAAGAGGGGGAGUGCAGUGGC